CGAAUCUAACGCUCGAGGUGGGGGGGGGGGGGAGAGACCUCGUGUUUACGCUCUUACAGCUGUGCUCCUAACCUCAAAUAUCUGCGUUUGACGCAGCAGCGCGAGACAGAUGCUGCGAAGGGCGAUCCCGGGAUUAGGGCGCGCCGUUCGAACGGCGCACCCUCGCUCCCUGUCGAAGCUGUCGGUCGACCCGAGGGAGAACCCGGGCGACAGGAUGCAGGCCUGGCAGAUACAUUCGUACAAAGGCCUGGACGACCUGAGGCUCUCGAGCGUCAGGAUGCCGGUGAUCACGAGUCCCACCGACGUCCUGGUGAAGAUCGAGGCCGCCAGCGUGAAUCCCAUCGACGUCGCGAUGACGGAUGGCUACGGCAACACGCUUCUGAACGUCAUACGCAAGGCCAAAGGUUUGGCCAUUGGUACCUGGAGCCAGUUGGAAGAAUUGGAUUUGCCGUUGACGUUAGGCAGGGACUUCGCAGGGGUGGUUGUGUCCAAGGGACACGACGUGGGGAGCAGGCUUGGGCUAGGCGAGGAAGUCUGGGGAGUAAUCCCAAUCGAACAGCAGGGUUGUCACGCCAAUUACGUUGUGGUCGACGGUAGCCUAGUGAACCCGCGCCCUCGAAAAUUGUCCCACAUCGAGGCUGCGAGCAUCCCGUACGCCGGACUGACCGCGUGGUCCGCGCUGUGGAUCACGGGCGGGCUGUGCUACAAAACGGCGAUAGUCACGAGGCUGAACAGACGCGUCCUGGUCAUGGGAGGUUCGGGAGGGGUCGGCACUUUGGCCGUGCAGAUGCUAAAAGCUUGGAACAUGCAUGUAAUUAGCACGUGCAGCAGUGACGCCGUGGAGAUGCUGCAGAAUUUAGGUGCCGAUACCGUCAUUGAUUACAAGCGGGAUGGCGCCGACGCAGAAAUUAUCUCAGAGGGGCCGUACGACAUGAUAUUGGAUUGCGCGAAUCAGGGGCCGGAGCACGUCAGAACGAGAGGAUACCCGCACGAUACUUACAUAGCGUUGAACUCGCCGCUGCUAAAGAAUUUUGACAAUCAUGGACUGAUCAUGGGAAUGGCGCAGAAUCUUGGGGAUCUUCUCAAGUUUAAUAUUCCAAAGGUGGAAAACAGGAGCUGCGUUAAAUGGGGAUUUUUUAUACCCUCUCAGACGGGGAUUAGCGUUCUUCAAAAGUUUGUGGAGGACGAAAAGAUUGUACCUGUCGUUCAGCAGGUAUACCCUUUUCAAGAUUUGCCGCUGGCAUACGAGAGAUUGAGGCAAGGCCAUUUAAGAGGCAAGGUAGUCAUCGACAUGAGAUAGUAAACCGAGUUAAAUAUAUUGUAUGUAUAAAGUUAAUGUAUUUUUUACAAAUAUUGAUUUGUUAAUAAAUUAAAAUAUU